AUGCUGUCCGAAGAGCUUCCUUUUCUUUUCUCUGAGCUGUCGUCGUCGCCGGCUGGUGGUUGGCUGGCAGUGGUGGUGGUGGUGGUGGUGGUGGUUGGUGGUGGUGAGUUGUUGGAGGUUGAAGUCGAGGAGGAAGAAGUUGAAGUGCGAGAAAAAAAGAAGAAAAAAGCGAAAAAGAAAAGGAAAAAAAAAAAGAAAAAGAAAAAGAAAAAAGUUCGCGGAGGAAGCAAGAAGAUUCCGAGAAAGGCUAGCGGGGCGCUUUUCCUCUUUGGGCGAGGCGGCGUUGAUGUCGAAGUCGAAGUCGAUGACGGAGACGAAAGUUGA